AGCAAGCGCAGCCAAGCAAGCGAAGCGGGACAGGAGGCCGUCCACGAAGCCCGCGCCGGGAGCGAAGCAGGGCGCAGAGCGAGAGCGAGAGCGAGUCCAGAUUCCAGCACCUCCCUCCCUCGCGAGCAGCACGCCAGCGGCCAAUCGGAGGUCGGGAGGAUUCGUCGGAACCCGAACCCGAACCCGAAGUCCUUCAUACAUCGUCGCGGCCGAGGGGAGUAGGAGGAGGAGUAGGAGGAGGCCAGGACGAAAUUUCCAUUCCUCGAGCAAUUACUGAGCCGCUCCUCUCGUGCAAGAUUUGGCGUGGUUUGCAUCAGCGACGGUGCGGGGGAGCGAGGGAGCGAGGGAGGGAUUUGGAAGUUGAUUUGAGAGGGAAGGUGUGGGAGAGUUUAGCGGGUGCGGACGAGGUUACGGAUUCAUGGCCUCGUGAAGUGGCAGUGCGGUUCGAAUUGCGGAGUAGUGAUCGUAUUUUAGAAGGCUGUGGCAGUGGAGACGGAGUUGCGUGAAGACGGCGAUGGGGGCCUCCAAUUGGUGAGGAAGUCGAGAUCUAGGGGAUGGAGAUUUGUAUUUUUUCGGUCUCUGUCGACUCGAUUGCUGUGGCAGAGAAAUUUGUGUGGACGGAGAGUGGAGGGUGCGGCAAGUGUGCGUGGCAAGAAGAGGAGAGCGCGGUAUUGAACUGCUAAGAGGGACAUUGCCCCGUCUUUGUAGUCACAGCUCAGAAGAGAUCCGCCAUGGUUCCGUCAUGUCUUUGCCCCACGGGGCUUGCUGUGCCCAUUCUAUCUAGUCCUUUGAAAUCACAACACGGCGUCUCAGGAGAAUCGUUUCACAAUGGUGCUAAAUCGCCAGUCUUUUCUCCAGUCUACAGGGUCCUCCCCUCUGCUUUGAGAUCCCCGCACCUUCCUCACUCGGAAUCAAUUCAUGGAGUUUCAGCCUCUGUCGUCGAAAAAUGUGACUACUGGAGCUCGACUAGUACAAGAUAUAACUUAACCUCACCAGUUCAAGUGUUUCGGGCUUCCGAUGAUUUGGGGAGCCCAACCUCCACGAAGCGUAGCAAAGGCAGAGAGCUUCUUUUGUGCUCAGCGGCCAGGCUCGCAAAUUCAGACGUAUCUUCCCCCGUCAAUGUGGCUGGGAAAUUCAACAAAGACAUGGCAUGGGCUGACGACAGUUUGAGUAGACCGAAAGACCCUAUUCAGUAUGACGGUUGCGAGCCUCCUACCUCCAUCUACGCCCCUGGUCGUCGUAUCGUUGCAAUUGGGGAUGUACACGGGGACUUGGAACGGACGGAGGCGGCCUUGAGGUUGGCGGGAGUUCUGAGCUCGGAUGGCCAAGGGCGCUGGGUCGGAGGAUCCUCAGUCUUGGUGCAAGUUGGAGACAUUUUGGACCGGGGAGAGGAUGAAUUAGCAAUUUUGUCGUUGCUGCAUAAUCUUGGACAGCAAGCACUCCUCAAGGGUGGGGCUGUGUUUCAGGUUAAUGGUAAUCACGAAACUAUGAAUGUUGGAGGAGACUACCGAUUUGUUGAAGCUGGUGGUUACGAAGAAUGUUCCAAUUUUUCGAGCUAUUGUGAGGAGGAGCAUUCUGGGGAUUGGGAAGCUGCUUUCGAAGGAUGGUACCGAACUUCGAAAGAGAGGAAGGCCAACAGGGCACGGCCGAAGUUUGUCAGCUGGUUGCUCAAUCCUCUUCUGUUGCAAAAGGGAGCUGCAAGCAGAGCACUUCUUCUCAAUCCUGGCGGUCCAAUAGCGAUGCAGUUAGCCAGACAUGGAGUCGUACUUAAAGUAAAUGACUGGCUUUUCGCUCAUGGUGGUAUUUUGCCUCACCACGUGAAUUAUGGAUUAGAGAGGAUAAACAAAGAGGUCACACAAUGGAUGAGAGGGAAGCCAGAAAAGCAAGGUCAACUUCCUUUCAUCGCAACUAGGGGUUUUGACAGCAUAGUAUGGAGUCGGCUCUAUUCACGAGAUCAAUAUGAUCGCCCGGAGGACAAAGUGAAGGCGGGUGCGGUCCUAGAAGCAGCGUUGGACGCAGCUAAUGCGAAGGGUUUAAUUGUGGGCCAUACCCCUCAACCUUUUGGUGCCAACUGCGAGUUUAAAGGAAGAGUUUGGAGAAUAGAUGUUGGUAUGUCAAGUGGAGUCCUCCAUGCAGAACCUGAGGUUUUGGAGAUUGUUGGGGACAAGGUACAGGUGCUGAGCGCUUCACCCUACGGAGAGAAGGCUGGAUCGCUAGGAGUGGCUGAUGUUUUAUGAGGCCAGUGUACUAGACAGUUACAGUAGAUACCAGAUACCCUAGAAGUCUUCUAAGUCAUCCAAGCACUUUCGUACAUAUACGAAUGAUUUCUUCACUAAAGCAUUAAGAAUAUCCGUACCGUUCCAGGGCGAGUCUGCAGUUAUCAGUUGCCGAGCUGCCGGGCGGUACACCGAACCUGUAUUAUAAUUUUUCAAGGGAAGAAGAAUGACAGUCCCUUUCUUGAUAAUAGUAUGAAAACCAUCUACUGGUGGAUUUUGGUUCGUUUCACCUUUGGUGGGCUGUACCUUUCUCUAUCCUACUGAGAUUCGUUAUGGGCAUGCUUGUACGAUCUCCUGUUUCGUGUUUUACUUUGACAGUGAGAUUUCCUAGGCCAUCUAAACAGUCACGUACUGAUUGUGCUUUCGACCAAAACUCCGUAUAAGUUGCUUAUAUCCUAGUGAUGGUAGGCAGGACUGAACCCGCUCACUUCGCAUUUAUGUUUAUGAACCCGCAGAUUAUCUAUGCGUCGUAUGCCACUAACCCUUGCGCAUCACAUGCGCGUGUUACUAACUCUGGCGUU